GUUGUUAAGUGAGUUUUGCCCCAUUUUACAACCUUUCUUGCUGCAGUUGUUAUGUGAAUCACUUCGGUUGUUAAGUUAAUAACAUAGUUGUUAAGUGAAUCUGGCUUUUGUUCCUUAAGUGUUACCGGAUAGUGCUACUCACUUAACUGCCUAUAUGUUUCUUAACUAAUCAAUUAUUCAUGUGUUUUAAUUUAACUUAUUUUACGGUGAGGCCUACAGAAAGUACUACUAUGUUUGACCCUGUAUUCCUAAUAUUUCAGAAAGUGGCAAACUGUAACUUCUGCCCAAAAUUAAUUCAUUUAAAUAAUUUUUAUUGUAAUUAUAUUUUAGGUAUUUAUAGCUUAAUAUUAAGCAAAAAAAUCAAGCACACGGGGCAUAACUUCGAGCUGACAGGAGGGAAGUUCAAAAACACUGCUAGAAAGUAUUAGUUCACAGAAAGAGCAGUGAAAGCUUGGAACCAACUUCCAGUGGAGGUAGUGAGUCAGUCAUCAGAAACUGAAUUUAAACACGUUUGGCAUAAACACAUGUCCAUCACCCGACAAAAAUGUAAAAAAGAAAAUAAAAAAUAAAAAUAAUUAAAAAUAAUAAAUAAAUUAAAAUGAAAACAAAAAACUCAAAGGGCAGACUCGAUAGACCUCUAGGUCUUUUCCUGCCACGUUUCUGUUUCUAUAUCCUGCCUAUUUUUAUAAAUCACUAUUUUUAUAAAUACACCUUCCUACUCCUAUUUUCCCCUAAUGACAACCUGUUAGGUGAGUUGGGCAGAGAGAGUGUGUGACUGGCUCAAAGUCACCCAGCCAGCUUUCAGCCUAAGGCGGGAAUAAAAUUCACAGUCUCCUGGUUUCUAGCCUGGUGCCUUAACCACCCUUUUUUAUUUUAUAUUUAUUACUGUUGAGUACCUUCAUUGCUUGUAAUGAAGAGAUCAAUAUUUUUUAAAAUAAGGUUAAAAAUACAGGUAUCUUUAUAGAAAUUGUAGUUUCUAAAAUAUGCUUUUCAGAAUCACUAAAGUAGAGACUUUGCCUGGGAUUGAUCUAUUUUACCUAUACAGAGUUCUUAAGGAAAGAAGACAGUGAACGUGUCACUCGUGUUCCCAUCCUGGCUUCCAGCGAGGUUCUACAUCCUAGUAGGAAAACCAUGCAACAGUUCCGUCUCCUGAAGAAAAAGACUAAAGAUGACAUUAUUACUGCUGAGCUGAUUGCUAAGAAACAAGACAUCAAAAUGAGGAUGGAAAGAGUGGCCCAGUGCAGAGAGGAACUUCAACAAAAAGAUCAGAAUAACAGGACUCAGGCUUAUGGAUUCCAAAUUUAUCUCCAAGAAUGUGACCUGAAAAAGGAACACCCUGUUGCAAAAUACAAGAUUGAACAAAAAAACAAUGCACUAAAGAGGCAAAAAAUACAUACAUUGAAAAGAGAGAUUCAAAAACUGAAAUUUAGACAACAUGAGCUACAGAAGAAGAUAGCCAAAUAUAAAUGUUAUGGAUAUUUUUUGAAAAAAAUUGUCAACAUGUUGCCACCAGACUUUUGGGGAUAUCAGGAAGAUGCUGUCAUUAAAACCCUCACACAAAGGCAUAAGACCCUGUUCUCUAUAAAUCAGAAGUUGAAGAAUCAUUUGUUCAGCCAAGAAGAAAACAUUGAGACAAUCCAUCAUAAAAGUGCUGCCAUACAAGAAGAACAUAACACCAUGAGAUUUGUAUUGAUUAGCAAAGUUUCUGAGCUCCAAUCAAAGUGUAAUGCACUGAAGGAAAGAAAUAUACAUCUGAUUAAUUAUAUUGAUAAUAAAGAAGGCCUCAUAAGUCAAUAUACUCGAGAAUUAAGCAGGAUGCUGGUAGGAAUCUCCAACAUGGCAGAGCGGUGCUAUAUGAAGCAUUAUGGUCCUUUGGAGCAAAUGUCUUUCCAGUCCAAGCUGGAUAUGAUCCAAGAAUUCAUCUGUGAAAAAACUGUGAUGAAACAAGAAAUAAUGAAGCCAGAAGAAUAUAAAAGUUCAUCCAGCCUUUUAAAGAGAUGACUUCAAAACCAAAGAAAUGAUAGCAAAUGAGGACAAUAUAUAAAACAAAAGUCCUGCAAGGAGACAUGGAAUAAAAUAUUGCAUUGCAUGGGCACUUGGAAUGCUUUAUAUUGUACACAUGGAUGCUGUCACUGGAAGCAUUAUUCACAUGGGUUCAGGAUCAGACUCCUACAGACAAGAACACAGAAAUCACACUUUUAGUCUUGUUUAUUAAGGAACAAAGACAAAAAUAAGCAGUUAGGCAUCAGCGAAGCCAUAUUAGAAGUAUUUUUGCUUUUCAACUUCAAUUUGCUGAUUGUUUUGCAUUCAUUUUAAGUGAAUUUCCUCUGCCUUUCUCUAAGCAAGCAAAGCAUAGCAGCAUAGCCUUACAUUUUUCUACCCUUGUGUCUCUUCUCAACAACAUGCCACACAUCUUUACAGCAUAUAAUGUCUGCUUAAUAAAUGGGUGUUCCCAACCGAAGCAUAUCUCCUUCAAGCCCCUAAUUACUAACUUUACGCCUAUUUAAUCAUCUAGAUGCAAGGAAAAGAUUUCUGUAAUAAAUUGGCAUUGUACAAUCCACUCCCAGACUGAAGUGAUGACUGGAUGAUUAUUCUUUGACAGGUAAAUCUUUGAUCAUCUUCCACUCUAGCUACACUCAGUAUAGCUUCUUACUUUCCCCAUGAUGCUGUUCCUCUUCAGAACUCUUCUCUGCGCCCUCAAAUGCUUCAAUAAAUCUUGUUCCAAUUUAAGCCACUGUCCCAUUCAUCUUAGUCAGUGGAAAUUAGUCAGUUCAUUUAAGAUUUUUCAAAACCAACAGACCACAGUCCAUGUUCAACAAUACUUUAACAUAAUAGGAUCGCUAACUGACUGCCAGUUUCUCCAUUACACUGUUCAGUUCUCAAAAUUUUUAAGUAAAUUGUUUGAUGUGUGGAAAAUUAUUUUAUGAGAUUUUAAAAUGUGAUAAGUAAAAUAAAUGGUCCACAGUGAAGCGAUUUACUUAUAUUCAAACAUGCUGCCU